UUCGUCACAUCCGGUUAACUGUCAUUUCCGGAUGCGGCAAACCUGGCAAAACGCAAGACGGGCUCGGACGACAAUGGAUUAAAAAUACGAAUUCCGUGACAAGAGGAGACGCCGACAUUGGGUGGCCAUCCACCAAGAUACAUUGACACGCUUUGGAAACCGCGUUCCCGCCUCGUCUUGCCUUGUUUUGUCUCCCCGGGAACAUUUUGUGUUUGUUUGCUUUCCACCGGUUCAACCGUCGUCUUUCUUGUUCUGAUCUCGGUUAGCAUUAGCUGGCACGAGGACAACAAAUCGGCAUUAUCUGGGGCUCCAUUGUGACGUCAUUUGGACGGGUUCCAAACCCUUUUGGUGUCCUUCUUUUUCCAUACUUGUCACAUUUCUACUUGACUUCUGGAAUCCCCCCCCCCCCCCCCCUUUGUCUCUCGACAAAAUGGAUAAGAGCAGCAGGACUCGAGUCCAAAUUAUGUGGUGAAUAAUUAUUUCAACGUUGGAACUGCUUCGAUUCUUGAAAGGAGACGUCUUUUGUUUCAGAGUGAUUAUUGAAUGUUAGCUCAUGCGAAGAGACUCCGCCGAACAGUGAAGGAUGAAUGGCCUGUCCGUCAGCGAACUGUGCGGUCUCUUCUGCUGCCCGCCGUGCCCCAGCCGCAUCGCCGCCAAGCUGGCCUUCCUGCCGCCCGAGCCCACGUACGCCUUCAUCCCCGAUCCGGAGCCUAGCUCCGGUGCGUCGGGGGGGUCCAGUAGGACGUCGAGCCUGUGCACGCGCGGGGUCGCCGCCGAGAGUGCGGCGCCGCCCACGUCGGAGACGAGAUGGAGGCUUCACCUGACAGAGCGCGCCGAGUUCCAGUACACACAGCGGGAGCUCGACACCAUGGAGGUCACGUUGGCGCGUUCCAGCCGAGGGAAUAAAAUCGGCUGCGUGUACAUCCGCUGUGUUCCAAAUUCCAGAUUCACGGUGCUGUUUUCCCACGGCAACGCGGUGGACCUGGGCCAGAUGAGCAGCUUCUACAUCGGCCUGGGCACGCGCAUCAACUGCAACAUCUUUUCCUACGACUACUCGGGCUACGGCGUCAGCACCGGCAAGCCCAGCGAGAAGGACCUCUACGCCGACAUCGACGCCGCCUGGCACACCCUGCGCACUGGGUACGGCGUGAACCCCGAGAGCAUCAUCCUGUACGGCCAGAGCAUCGGUACCGUUCCCACCGUGGACCUGGCGUCCCGAUACGAGUGCGCCGCCGUGGUCCUCCACUCGCCGCUCACAUCGGGCAUGAGGGUGGCCUUCCCCGACACCAAGAAGACGUACUGCUUUGAUGCCUUCCCCAAUAUCGAGAAAGUGUCCAAGAUCGCGUCGCCCGUGCUGGUCAUCCACGGCACCGAAGACGAGGUGAUCGACUUCUCCCACGGCCUGACGCUGUACGAGCUGUGCCCUAAGGCCGUGGAGCCGCUGUGGGUGGAGGGGGCGGGCCACAACGACAUUGAACUCUACUCACAGUACCUGGAGCGCCUGCGACGCUUCAUCGGACACGAGCUCACCUGAGGCCGCCCCCCCCGCCACCGGUUGGUGCAGCAAAAGGGACGACCAAUUUGGUACCUUGACAUCACCCGGUACCAAAUUGGUCAAUUUAUUUUCAUUUUUUUUACAUUUGUUUUUCACUUCAGAUAUGCCACCUUGACUCUUACUACACUAAAAAUCAAAAUAAUCACACACUCAAGGAGCUGCUAUGGGCCACUACUCACACGCAGGCUCUCACACGCGAGGUCCUGCCUCUUAAAUGCACGUAUCCAACACGCGGAUACUAAUGUCAAAAAAAAAAAAUAAUUCUUAUUGACAGUGCUGCUUUUAAAAGUUAAAAUGUAACAGAAAGAAAGAAAAUGACUUAAUUCAAUUCAUUUUUCAAUGUGUGAAAAUGGAUUUGAUGCGAGUCAAUGUCCUCAAAACAAACAAGUGAGUCACGGUAUAAAUGUCAACACUUUUUAUUUCAUUUGAAAGGGACUUUUAACGAAUUAAAAGAACUGUUUUUCAAGAGUUGUUGCUCAGGUGAUUCUGUUUUUCUUUUUUAAAGCAUAUUAAUAAAAACUUUGAAGUGUCUUGUCAUCCACUUCGUGUGCUUCCCAACCUUGACUGAGCCAAGGCGUACAUUUAUUUCACUUGAGCAAAAUAUCUCGCUUAACUCCAAAUUUACUGAAAGCCGUUCGUAUUUCAUAAACGGCAACGGGGUUAAAAAUGUGCGCCCGCCGCAAGCCGGUCGCCGUCAUUGACGGACGAAGAUGAGUUGCGCCGAAUCAAGAACACGUUUCCGACAACCGCCCGCGGCCCGUCCUGGUUGGGAAUCGCCGUUCUACCUCAAAGCCCUCGUUUGUGUUUUCAAGUUUUGUUUUUCACUUGUUUUGUUUUCAAGUCCCGACGACCAUCGCAGCAGAAAACAUUUCCCGUCUUGUCAAGUCGAUAAGUUGUUGGACCUCAUUUGCGAAUGUGAAUGAAAAGACUUGAAUCGGCGUGGGAAGCUUGGGAAGCUUUGAAUGUGCUGCUGUAUUUGUUCGCAAUCGGUGCUAACCACUCUUGUACAUUUGCUUUUUUUUGGGGGGUGGGGGGGGCUUUCAUUCUGUCUGAACCAAAAUUCUCACCCACAUUCUCACCGGACGAUUUUUAUUCACUUGGUUUGGCUCUGAACUUGAUUCUGUUGUGUCAGCUUUCCAAAAUGAAGAAAGGAAAGUUUAAUAAAUAAGCUAAUGAACCUUC